UCUGUGUAGUCUUCUAACGGAAAAGUUUGCGUGUUUCAUUCGGAAAUUUUCGUGGAUGCAGUUUUCUUUACUUACGGGACUUAUAGUAAAUUUAGCCAAUAAUGACCAACGCCACGUUCAUUGAGGACUGGAACAGCAUCAUCCAGCACAAGAUCAAGGCGGCUGAUCUGGAACAUCCGACUGAAUCGUUCGUUUGCCGGUGUCUUGUGAGUUUUUUACGGAUGCUCAAGUACGAUGUUACCGAAUUUGAACAGAUGUACAGUGAAACGAAAGAUUCCAUCAUGCAAAAGCGAACCCUUCUUGUAGCUCACAUAAAUCAUCUUUACCAAUUGUGCCUCGGACCCCAGCAGAAUCAUUUUUUCUUGAUGGACCUUAUUAAACCUUCUCCUAAGAAAACGGUUCACGUUCUUGGAAUUCUUCUGAACUUCCUAUUUUACGUAAACAUGGUUCAUGACGAGGUAGUAAAACGGGCCACGACCUGCACUUCCAAGUUUCAAGAGCUCUCAACUCGUAUGAAUCAACACCAACGAGAUUUGGAAAGCCAUCGCAUCAAACAGGAUAACAUCGAACACAACAUCAACAUGAUGGAAAUGCAGUUGCCCCAGUUGGAGCGGGAAAACGAGCAACUUAAAGAAAAGCAAAUUAAGCUGCGCGAGAAAUCCACAAUCCUUAAAACGGCUGAUUUGGAGCUGGUGGAACGAAUAGCGAAGCUGGACACCGACUAUGCCACCCUCAAAGAUCAACGAGUCGAGGACGAAGAAGCUGCUGCAUUAAUUCAAAAAAUCGAGGAACUUGAUCUGGACAUUAACGAAUGCGAGAAACAAGAAACACGUUUGCAGCAAACAAAUUCGGAAUACGCUACCCUGAUAAGCCAAAUUCAACCGAGUAUUCUGAUAGUGACGGAGAUUCUGCAAAGUCCAUUGGACAAUUGCCUAUCAACUAUUCACAAUGAACUGAACGAAUUGAAGCUUAACUACUCUCGAUUGGAAAAAGAGCACACUACCAAAUCGAUGGUGUUAGAGUCGCUGCAGAAAAAUUGCAGCACCAUAAACGCCUAUCUGGAUGAUAAAACCAAGGAGCUGGCUGCAAAGCAGAAGGCAAAAAGGAAAACCGAACGGCAAACGAUGAGUGAUCUCAGCAGCAAGAAGACCCAACUUGAAGAGCUACAGGAACAAAAUGAAAACCACUUGGAGACUAUUGAGGUUCUCAAGGAAGAAAUUUCUCUGAUUUUGCAGAUGGCAGAGAAAACAUUCAAACUGUUGAUGCGAAAUUCUUAAGCAACAAUUUAUGGAAAACGUGUUCGUAUAUAACAAACGAGUGAUGACUACAUUAAAACAGAUCGGACUGAGCGGUGACCCUUGGGGUAAUCCUUUCCAUGUGGUUCUGGUUAACUUAUUGGACAUACCUGUG